UCGAACGCGCGCAAGUUCCUGGAAUUCAGCAGCUACAAAAAAACUAACAAAAUGAAAACCCUGUUUGUGUUUUGCACCCUCUUGGCGCUCGCCUUGGCCUACCCGCAGCGUGAGGGCGCCGCCUACACCAACGAAGCCAUCCGCCAGGCACAACAGACCUUCCUCAUACCCAAAGACGCACAAAUUCAAAAUGUACAGGAAGGCAUUGAGCUGGGCGCCUACGAAGCGAUUCCCGGCAAUCAAAGGAUAAACCUAUUCGAAAUUCUUGGCGAUCAAGUGCCAUCGGAAGUGAUAAACAAUCUGCAAGCGCAAGUCGAUCAGAUCGGUCGGAAUAAGUGAGCUAUGAACGCGCGUUCGCGAGGAUGUUAACUAAAUUGUAAUUAAAUUAAUUUUUUUAUUUUUGUCGUUAUUGAGAAAAUUGCAUUUAUAAUAAUUUUCUGUUGAAUUAGUUUUUACUGAAGUGUGAAGAAAUACAGAUUUUGAAAAAAAACCA